AUGACGAACGAAGGCGACGAGGAAGAAACUGAACCGCCGCAGUUCGCUACGGCGUUCAAAAUGGUUGAGCACUUGACGAAAGUACACAACUAUGAAUGGGAUGAGGUGUAUGUCGGUGUUUGCUUUAUGUUUGGGAUUAUGGGGGAUCUUAGUACUUUGACUGGUGGUGGUGAUGUUGCUUGGAGGCAUGAGGUAUGGAAAGUGUAUUAUAUUAAUUACGGGAAGAAGCUGAAACUAUUUACUUCGAAUGUGUGGAAUUUGAAUGUGCAUUUAGCUAGCUAG